AUGGAUUAUUAUUAUGAUAAAAAGUCGGAUAAUUAUGAUGAUAUGCCAGGAUUAUCAUCAGGUUCCGAUACCGAAACAGAAGCAGAAAAUGAUUCCGAUUAUGAUUAUGAAUAUGAUUAUGAAUAUGAUUAUGAAUAUGAUUAUGAAUCAGAUAUCGAUAUCGAUAUUAAAAUUGAAAAUGUUAUAAAAAAUGGAUUAGAAAACAAUUUUAAUAAUCAAUAUAAUUAUUCUAAUAAUAAAUACCCUCAACCUUAUUUAUCAAAUUCAUCACUAAAUAAAAGCCAUUUUUAUGAUAAUGGUGUUCCCCAUAAAUUCAUCAACUCCAUCAAUAUAAAUAAAAAAGAAAUUGUUAUAAACAUUUUAGUUAAAUUAAUAGUUAAUCGAUUAAUCACUAAAAUAAGGCACAAAUCAGUUUCCAAAUAUACUACUACUACUACUACUACUACUAAUAAUAAUAAUAAUAAUAAUAAUAAUAAUAAUAAUAAUAAUAAUAUUUUUCAAGAAUUAUAUGAGUUUUUAAUUGAAUUAUUAAAAAGAACAAGAAUUACAUUAAACGAGUUAAUUAUUUCAUUGAUUUUAAUCAAUGAUUUUAACGAUAACUAUGAUAUUGGUUAUGAUAUGAAUUUAUUUAAAAAGAUUAUAUUAUCAUCGAUAAUUUAUUCCAAUAAAAUUUGUAAUAACAAUGAUGGUAAUGAUAUUGAUGAUAAAAAUUGGUCAAUUAUCACCGGAUUAUCAUCAAUUGAGAUUAAUAAAAUGGGUUUAGCAGCUAAAUCCAAUAUUAAAUUUGAGAUUAAGAACAAUGAAUAUAGGAUUAAUGAGUAUAAGAUUCAAUUGAAUAAAUUAGUUAAACAAGCUAUUCUUAAUAGGAUUGAAGUAAAUUAA